GUUCAAUCAAGGGAAAGGUAGUAGUAAUGCUAGCUGAGCUGAGCUCAGCUGCGCAAUCAAGGGCCCGUGCGAGGGCUCAUGCAACAAUGAGUGUGUGACGCUCUCGUGAACACUACUAGAAUCUUUGUUUCAACCUCGUCGAGUAUAGCAUCUCGAUCUAUUCUUUCAACUUGAGAUCCUGAGAAAUCCCUGAGCUCUCUUUGCCUACUUCCUACAACCACCAUGGAACGCCUGAAAAAUGCUACAACCUCAAUUAUCUCUUUUGGACAGACGGUUGGUCGAGAACAUUCAACCGCCCUAGCCGUUGGUGGCGCGGGACUGGCACUCGCUACAGCUCCCGUCACCGGCCCUGCAGUGUUAGGUGCUGUGGGUUUCAGCUCUACAGGGCCUGUUGCGGCGUCUCUUGCUGCAGCAUGGCAGUCUUCAAUUGGAAUAGUCCAAGCGGGAACCUGGUUUGCCACCUUACAGAGUGCUGCAAUGGGAGGUGCUACUGCGGGAACUUUUACGACAGCAUCGAAUAUUGGAAUCGGAAUAAUGGGAUCUGCGGCAGUUGGAACACAAUUGAAUGAUAAGAAAAGAAGAUUAUCAGUAGGAAAUGAUCAUGCAAGCAACCCGCAAACCUCUGAUCCCGACGAUUCUUUAGACACGGAAUUUAUGAAAUUGCUCAAGAUCGACAUAUCUUAAGUACUACAGCAGUGUUCUAUCGGUUAUUUACUCUCCCUAAAUAAGAUUGGCAAGAAUAGGAGACUAUCCUAUACUAUGUCACUCUUAUAUAUGCUCUAUGGUAACUCCAUUAGUCUAGUAUUGUGUACUAGACUUCAGAAGAUGGUCACACACGGUUGUGUUAUAAGUAAUGGGAGACUUAUUGAACGUUCCUCCCUUGACUGGGAAUGCUUUUUGUGCGAAAGUACCUCCUAGUGGGAUAUCAUAAUCUGAAGAAAUUCCGAGUUUGCUUGGGAAAGGUAUUCAUUAAGUAGAAGUACGUUAGACAAGAAUCAUAAAGGUAUCAUAGUAGAGUCCCUAGGAUCAUGUUCUUUAUUC